UGUCCCAGAGCGCGAGCUGGUUUAGUCAAUCAGAACAAUGACUUCGCCGCUGGAGGCUGCGGAGCGAAGCUGAGCCGCGCGCAACGAGCAGUCGCGGCUGUAGUAGUAGCGCUGGCCGCUGGGCAAGGGGGAGGGAGUUGCUGGCAACGGAGGCAGCUGCUGCUGUUUUCUGAGCUGGAGAGGAGCUGCAGCUGUUUCUGGUAUUGUUUGCAAAAAGGGGACCAAAAGGCGCACUCUUGAGCAUGUGGAUUCCUACAGAGCACGAGAAAUACGGAGUCGUAAUUGCAAGUUUUCGAGGAACAGUCCCUCAUGGCUUAUCGCUGGAGAUUGGAGACACUGUUCAAAUACUAGAAAAAUGUGAUGGCUGGUACAGAGGAUUUGCCUUAAAAAACCCAAAUCUCAAGGGUAUCUUCCCAUCCAGCUUUAUUCACUUGAAAAAUGCAUGUGUUAAGAACAAAGGGCAGUUUGAAAUUAUUGUUCCAACAGAAGAUUCUGUUAUCACAGAGAUGACAUCCACCUUAAGAGACUGGGGGACAAUGUGGAAACAGCUUUAUGUGAGAAAUGAAGGUGAUCUGUUUCACCGACUGUGGCACAUAAUGAAUGAAAUUCUAGAUUUGCGACGGCAGGUGCUCGUGGGCCAUCUGACCCAUGAUCGGAUGAAGGAUGUCAAAAGACACAUUACUGCUCGCUUGGACUGGGGCAAUGAACAGCUAGGGUUAGAUUUGGUUCCAAGAAAGGAAUAUGCAAUGGUGGAUCCAGAGGAAAUCAGUAUUACAGAGUUGUACAGAUUGAUGGAGCAUCGUCAUCGCAAGAAAGACACACCAGUCCCAGCAAGUAGUCACCACCUCUUUGUGCAGAUGAAGAGUUUGAUGUGUUCCAAUCUGGGAGAAGAACUGGAAGUUAUCUUCUCACUUUUUGAUAGUAAAGAGAAUCGACCAAUCAGUGAGAGAUUCUUUUUAAAACUGAAUCGGAAUGGUUUGCCAAAAUGCCCAGAGAAACCAGAAAGAUAUUGCUCUCUUUUUGUGGAUUUGGGGAGCAGUGAGCUUAGGAAGGACAUCUACAUUACUGUGCACAUUAUACGCAUUGGCCGAAUGGGAGCAGGUGAAAAGAAAAAUGCUUGCAAUAUACAGUAUCGACGACCUUUUGGUUGUGCAGUCCUCAGUAUAGCAGAUCUACUGGCUGGCGAUACAAAAGAUGACCUUAUUUUAAAAGUAUAUAUGUGUAACACAGAGAGUGACUGGUAUCAGAUUCAUGAAAACAUCAUCAAAAAACUAAAUGCACGCUAUAACCUGACAGGAUCCAAUGCUGGUUUAGCUGUCUCUCUUCAGCUGCUCCAUGGAGACAUUGAACAAAUCAGGAGAGACUACACAUCCAUGUUUACCCAUGGAGUAUCGAUAACAAGGAAGCUGGGCUUUUCCAAUAUUAUUAUGCCAGGUGAAAUGAGAAAUGAUUUAUAUAUCACAAUAGAAAGAGGAGAAUUUGAAAAAGGAGGAAAAAGCGUGGCCAGAAAUGUGGAAGUCACAUUGUACAUUGUGGACUGUGGUGGACAAAUUUUGAAUGAUUUUAUCUCCUUCGGCUCUGGAGAGCCACCAGCCUCUGAAUUCCAUUCCUUUGUGUUGUAUCAUAACAACAGUCCCAGGUGGGCUGAGCUGCUGAAACUUCCUAUUCCAGUGGAUAAAUUCAGGGGAGCACAUCUUCGGUUUGAAUUCCGCCACUGUUCCACAAAAGAGAAGGGGGAGAAGAAGUUGUUUGGUUUUUCUUUCGUCCCUCUGAUGCAGGAAAAUGGAAGGACCCUGCCAGAUGGCACUCAUGAGCUCAUUGUGCACAAGUGUGAAGAAAAUAUAAGCCUUCAGGAUUCUAGUCGCUACCUCAAAUUUCCCUUUUCAAAAGGGCAUCUCCUUGCAAACAACCACCAAGCAGUAAAGUCUACUAAGGAAUCAUUCUGGAUUACAUCUUUCCUGUGUUCAACUAAACUCACACAAAACGGAGAUAUGCUUGACCUUCUUAAAUGGCGUGCCCAUCCAGAAAAAAUUGCAGGUUGCCUCUCAAAACUGAAAGAAAUUGAUGGUUCUGAAAUAGUGAAGUUUCUCCAAGAUACUCUAGACACUUUAUUUGGGAUUUUAGAUGAAAAUUCUCAAAAGUAUGGCUCUCAAGUAUUUGACUGUUUGGUUCACAUAAUUAAUUUGCUGCAGGACAGCAAGUUUCAUCAUUUUAGGCCAGUUAUGGAUACCUACAUUCAAAGUCAUUUUGCAGGAGCUCUUGCAUACAGAGAUCUCAUAAAGGUAUUGAAGUGGCACGUUGAUCGAAUUACUGAAGUAGAAAGGCAAGCACACAAUCAGGAGGUAUUAAAGGCACAAGAAUAUAUAUUUAAAUAUAUAGUUCAGUCUCGGAAGCUAUUCUCUCUUGCUACUGGUGGACAAAAUGAGGAGGAAUUCUGCUGCUGUAUUCAAGAGCUUUUGAUGUCAGUACGAUUCUUCCUUUCCCAAGAAACUAAAGGAACUAGUGCUUUAUCUCAGGCCCAAGCAGUCUUUCUCAGUUCCUUCCCAGCUGUAUAUUCAGAAUUGCUAAAGCUCUUUGAUGUGAGAGAAGUAGCAAAUUUGGUUCGUGAUACUCUAGGGAGCUUGCCAAUCGUUUCAAAUGCAGAUGACUCUCUUCAAGCAGUGAAACUUCAGUGCAUUGGAAAAACAGUGGAAAGUCAACUGUACACUAAUCCAGAGUCCCGGUAUAUUUUACUACCAGUAGUUCUGCAUCACCUCUAUGUGCAUCUGCAAGAGCAAAAGGAUCUGAUCAUGUGUGCACGUAUCCUUAGCAACAUAUUUUGCUUCGUUAAGAAAAAUAGUUCUGAUAAGUCAGUACUGGAAGAAAUAGAUGUAAUUGUGAACAGUCUGCUAGAUGUGUUACUCAGAACCAUCUUGGAAAUCACAAGCUGCCCACAAGCAGCAGGUUCUACCAUGCGGCUUCCGUUUCAGGAUGUUACAGGGGAGUUUGUUUCAUGUCUUUUAUCAUUAUUGCGACAAAUGACUGAUAGACAUUACCAGCAACUCCUUGACAGAUUCAAGACAAGGGACAUGCUGAGAGAUUUCUUGUUACAGAUAUUUACUGUUUUUCGAAUACUGAUACGACCAGAAAUGUUUCCAAAAGAUUGGACAGUGAUGCGUUUAGUUGCUAACAAUGUUAUUAUUACAACGGUAUUAUAUCUUUCUGAUGCCCUUCGCAAAAACUUCUUAAAUGAUAAUUUUGACUACAAGAUCUGGGAUUCCUAUUUUUAUCUUGCUGUCAUAUUUAUAAACCAGUUAUGUCUACAGUUAGAAAUGUUCACACCUUCUAAGAAGAAAAAAGUACUAGAAAAAUAUGGUGAUAUGCGGGUGACAAUGGGAUGUGAAAUCUUCAGCAUGUGGCAAAAUUUAGGGGAACACAAAGUCCACUUCAUCCCAGCACUGAUUGGCCCUUUCUUAGAAGUGACAUUGAUACCUCAACCUGACCUGCGGAAUGUUAUGAUUCCUAUUUUUCAUGAUAUGAUGGACUGGGAGCAAAGACGCAGUGGUAACUUUAAGCAGGUGGAAGCAAAACUGAUUGACAAAUUGGAUAGUUUGAUGUCAGAAGGAAAAGGUGAUGAAACUUACAGAGAGCUCUUCAACAGUAUCCUGCUGAAGAAAAUUGAACGUGAAACAUGGAGAGAAAGUGGUGUUUCAUUAAUCGCCACUGUAACCCGUCUUAUGGAGAGGCUGCUGGACUACAGGGACUGCAUGAAAAUGGGAGAAGUGGAUGGCAAAAAGAUUGGCUGUACUGUCAGCUUGUUGAAUUUUUAUAAAACAGAGCUGAACAAGGAAGAGAUGUAUAUUAGGUACAUACAUAAACUAUAUGAUCUGCACUUAAAAGCACAAAACUUUACAGAGGCUGCAUAUACACUAUUGCUAUAUGAUGAACUGUUGGAAUGGUCAGAGAGGCCAUUGCGGGAAUUCCUGAACUAUCCUAUGCAGACAGAAUGGCAGCGCAAAGAAUAUCUUCAUCUCACUAUCAUCCAGAAUUUUGACAGGGGAAAAUGCUGGGAAAAUGGCAUUAUCUUAUGCAGGAAGAUUGCUGAUCAAUAUGAAAACUAUUAUGACUACAGAAAUCUCAGCAAGAUGCGGGUGAUGGAAGCUUCUUUAUAUGAUAAAAUUAUGGAUCAGCAACGUUUGGAGCCUGAGUUUUUCAGAGUUGGAUUUUAUGGGAAGAAGUUUCCAUUUUUCUUGCGAAACAAAGAAUUUGUUUGCCGAGGACAUGAUUAUGAGCGUCUGGAGGCGUUUCAACAGCGGAUGUUAAAUGAGUUCCCACACGCCAUUGCUAUGCAACAUGCCAAUCAACCAGAUGAAACCAUAUUUCAAGCAGAAGCACAGUAUCUGCAAAUCUAUGCUGUGACACCAAUUCCAGAAAGCCAGGAUGUACUGCAAAGAGAAGGCAUUCCAGAUAACAUCAAAAGUUUUUAUAAAGUAAAUCAUAUCUGGCGAUUCCGGUAUGACAGGCCAUUUCACAAAGGGACCAAAGACAAAGACAAUGAAUUCAAGAGUUUAUGGGUAGAGAGAACAACACUGAUGUUGGUACAGAGUUUGCCAGGAAUUUCCCGAUGGUUUGAAGUGGAGAAACGUGAAAUUGUAGAAAUGAGCCCAUUGGAGAAUGCUAUUGAAGUACUGGAAAAUAAAAACCAGCAGCUGAGGACAUUGAUCAGUCAGUGUCAGACUCGACAGAUGCAGAAUAUCAACCCACUUACAAUGUGUUUGAAUGGUGUCAUUGAUGCAGCAGUUAAUGGGGGAGUUGCCAGGUACCAAGAAGCAUUCUUUGUGAAGGAAUAUGUCCUGAACCACCCAGAAGAUGGAGAAAAGAUCACAUGCUUAAGAGAACUGAUGCUUGAGCAGGCCCAGAUUCUUGAAUUUGGCUUAGCUGUGCAUGAGAAAUUUGUCCCACAAGAUAUGAGACCUUUACAUAAAAAACUAGUGGAUCAGUUUUUUGUGAUGAAAUCAAGUUUAGGAAUACAGGAAUUCGCUACAUGCAUCCAGGCCAGUCCAGGUCACUUUCCAAACGGAAGCCCACGUGUCUCUAGAAAUUCGGUACCUAUUUCUAUGAGCCCAGAGGGUGGCAGAGGAAUUCCUAGACGUAGUCCAUUAAGUUACCCAGCUGUCAACAGAUACUCUUCCUCAUCAUUGUCCUCUCAAGCAUCUGCAGAGGUCAGCAAUAUAACUGGACAAUCUGAGAGCUCGGAUGAAGUUUUCAACAUGCAGCCAAGCCCAUCUACCUCAAGUCUGAGUUCUACUCAUUCUGCUUCACCUAAUGUGACCAGCUCUGCUCCAUCCAGUGCCAGAGGCUCACCUCUGUUAUCAGACAAGCUUAAACAUUCCAGAGAAAACUCUUGCCUAUCUCCAAGGGAGAGGCCCUGUAGUGCCAUUUACCCUAAUCCUGCUGAGCCUUCACAGAGAAUUGUGUUCAAUCAUAUUGGAGAUGGUGCAUUGCCUCGAAGUGAUCCUAAUUUGUCUGCUCCUGAGAAAGCUGUAAAUAGCACUCCUAGCAGUUGGAGCCUGGACAGUGGGAAAGAAGCCAAAAACAUGUCAGAGAGUGGAAAACUUAUGUCUCCUCCUGUGCCACCACGUCCCACUGCAUCACCAGCUCGACACAUAACCUCAGUUUCUCCUUCUUCUGCAGGAAGAUCUCCAAUGAAGGGUUCUGUGCAAUCUUUUACACCAUCUCCUGUGGACUACCAUUCAUCAGGGCUCAUUUCCAACUCUCCAGUCUUGUCCGGAAGUUACAGCAGUGGCAUUUCCUCACUUAGUCGAUGUAGCACAUCUGAAACAUCUGGCUUUGAAACUCACAUCAACGAACAUCCAGUUCCUCUUUCUAACUGCAACAUUUCUGAAGAGCCAGUAAGAAAAGAGAGCAAGACUCCUCCACCUUACAGCGUUUAUGAGCGGACUCUGAGGCGUCCUGUCCCACUACCUCACAGCCUUUCAAUUCCCAUUCCUACGGAUCCACCAGCAUUACCCCCAAAACCUUUGUUGGUCAGACCAAGCAAUUUAGAGAACAGCAGCAAGAGAACGGAACAGGUCCCUCGACCCAGGCCUCUUCCACGAAAAGUCUCUCAGUUAUAAAUAAAAGUCAAAAAGUCAUUUUUUUUUGAACGACUUAAAUGAAAAACAUAUCUAAUAUAGGCACUUUAAUAUUUUUCACAAAUCUUUCCAGUGAUUUUUAAAAACUGCUUAAUAUUAUGUUGCACAUUUUGGUCAAAUUUAAGUAAUAGCUUAAAAAGCCAGGUCCUAGAGGCAAUGAGACUGAAAAUACUACAUUUAGCAUAGCAUACAGCAAAUGUGAUUCUACAUACGAAUUUGAACCUGGAGCCUAAUUGUUCAAACAUCAUCAAAGUAUACUUCCCUUGACAGCUUCAUAUUAGUGCAACAGUGUACUUCCGGAAAGAAUGCAGAAUAAAGUCUGGUUUAAAGUUAAUGAAUACAAUAAAGCUGUUGUGAUUUGUGAUCAUGUUGCACUGGAAAGGGAUCCUAUUACAAGGAUGUUGUAGCUGAGUUCCUGAAAAAAAUGUUUGGGUUGCUUUCUUUCUACUGACACAUUACUGCGUUUUAUUCAAUAUUUGUAUGUAUGUUGUCAGAUACUUGUUUUUUAGAAAUCUUUUUUCUAGUACUCUGAUAGUGGUUAGUCUACAUGCUUAUACAAUUUGUACCCCUCCCAUUUUUUUUAUUUUAUUUUAUUUUAUUUUAUUUUAUUUUAUUUUAUUUUAGUGAGGUGCAAUUUACAGUUCCCUACAGCUGAUAAAAAUUAAUAAUCAUGAUAUUAUAGAAUCUGUAGCCAAUAUGUAAAGUUCAUUUUUUAAAAAAAUAUCAUUGAUUUCAGAGACAGAAACUAACCCCUCAGAUUAUUUUAAUGGUCAAAUCGAGUAAGUCCUUUUAACUGUGAGUCAAGAAAUAACCACUGUCAGACUCUAAGAAGAAAAUAUUGGAAGCAACUGGGUACAAACAAAUGUUCAUGAAAAAGAGGCUAUUACAUGUAGAGUUAAUUCAAACAACAAAUUUUAAUAUUCAAGAUUCAGACUUGUUUUUAUUAUAUACACAAGAAGUUCAAAUUGGCAUACUGUAAUAAUUGAAGGGACUCUGCAUGUCCAAGGGUGAGGCAUGUUGACAUCUUCCAGAAUAAAGAGCUGUAUAGGGCUUUGGAGAUUUCCUUUCUGAAUGAAAGUUCUUCCAUUCUGUUGCUAUGUAUUCCACUGCAAAAAUGUGGAGAAAUUAAGCAAUUUAAGGGAUAGUGGUUUAGAGGGUGGGAAGAGAGGACUUUUCAGGGACAAACUGAAAACUUGUUGGCAAAAAAAGUAAUCAAGAUUUCAGCCCCAAUCCUACAAAAUAUUUUCUCUGAAAGUGCUCUUACUCAUCCCAGAUGGAGCUCUAACUGGCAUUUCACUAGAAAGCUCCUGUAGAGGUAUUUUGAAAGCUCGCACUUAGUUCUAUGACUGUAUAAACUAAACUAAAAACAAGUGUAUAGGCAAUUUUUCUAUCUCUUAUUUCCCCUCCCACAAAACCUACUUACUGUUUGUAGUAUUUGUUUGAUAUCCUGUGGUCUGUACUUUUCAAUCAUACCAUGAAAAGUUAUCUCCCUGUUUUGUUGGGAAACUUGUGUUGAUUUUAACAGUUCACCUUGUUGAUAGCUUAACUGGAACAUUAGUGACCACUUUUUAUAUUCCCUCAAUGAGAAAUCUUCAGCAGGUAUAUGCUGUUAAUGGUAGCUAUAGACGUUUUAUAUAAUAAAUGUUCAAGUAUUUUUGUACAUAACUGGUUAAUUUUAAUAAGUACAAUUAUGUGGGGAGGGAAACAAACAGUUGUGUAUGCAGUAAGAUUGUUAUAAUUAUGCCAAAUACUUUAUGUAAUUGGGGGGAAUAGGGCACAGGGAAUAAUAUUUGUACAUAUGUGCUUUUAACAAUAAUUCUGCCAUAUUGAUUCUACAACUUUGAAUGUCAAAAAUAUAUUAAUAUAUGUUGAAAUACCUAUGUUUAGCAAAAGUGUUUAUAACUGGAAAGAGGGCAUAAAAUUUAGCUUUGUAGGUUGCUGAUUUUGAGGUCCUGAGAUUUCUUGAACUAGCACUUGCUUUUGAUCAUAACAUUUUUGUGUCUGCAUAACCACAUUUUUGGAGUUGUUAGCUACAUAUUUAUGCUUCUAAAAAUAUAUUGUAAUUUAAAUAAACUGUCACAAACUGGAUAACAGAUCCACUUUGACCCCUUCCUAUCUUAUCUUUAGAAUUAAAUCAGUGUUUGCCUGGUGCUUCAGCUUAGACUGAAUCAGUAUUAUUUGCUCCUUGUCCAUUUUUAAACUAUACUUGACAGUAAGCAAAAUUUUUACUCAUGUGCACGUAUUACUGACGUCUGCUUAGCAGCAAAACAUUUUAAUGUAGUUUGUUUACAAAUGGUUAUAUUGGUUGUUGAAAAACCGUAAAUACAAAAUAAAAUUGA